GAAGUUCCUCUAUUAGAAGUUUCCAUCACAUCACACUUCAGUUAAUUAUCUAUUAACAUUUUAGGAAGAGGACAUUAUUAUGUCCAAGGAAUCAUCCAAGGAAGAUAGUUAGGAAAAAUCCAUAUAAAUGUGCUGUAGAACAAAAAUAAUGUAAAGGGGUCUUCUUUUGUAUUUUUCUUAUCUUAUUAUCAUACUAUAAAAAUUGAAACAUUUUAUUAAGACAUACACAUGUAUCAUAUUAUUAUCUCAUGGGGUUGUUUCCUUUUUCCUAGUUGAGGGGACCUUUCUUUAAUAAAGAAGAUUAAAGGGAUGAAAUUCUUGGGCAGAAGCUAAAAACAGCCUUCUUUAAUUUAAUUUUUUUUUUAUGUAAUUUUUUUUUAUGAUUUUAAUUUUAUAUAGUCAUUUUUGUCAGGAAAAUGGGUGGGUUUUAAUUCACAGGAACUUUCACUCUCAGGUGCUUAUUAAUUAAGCUCUGAAAAUCCCAAAAAAAGAAGUUAAAAAAAGGAAGUUUAUAAAAGAUACAUAAAUGGCGGGUCUGCACUAGGUUGGUGAACCGGUGUUAAGAUAGAAUUAUGGGAAAUAUGAUAAUUAUGUAAAGAUAUGAUUAUGAUUUGAUUUGCAUAGUUGGCAAAAGUAUAUGUACAACCGGGCAUUUCUCUGCAACCUUGAUGGUGGUUCUUCCUUGAUUUAAAGGUUGUAACUACUCAUCAAGGAAUUCCUCGUUUCAUAGAUUCUCAUCCUCGUAGAAAAUAUGAAACGAGAAUCCAAAAAUGGUUCGUCGAGUGGUAAAUCUGGUCGUAGUAGAGGAAAAUUUGCCUCUCGUUUUUGUAUGUUCCCCAAGGUAAAAUCAGCUGAUACCGGUCCAGGCUUUGCUCCGGUCUACCUAAAUGUUUAUGAUUUAACACCAAUCAAUGGCUACAUGUAUUGGGCAGGAGUUGGUAUAUAUCACACUGGUGUUGAAGUUAAUGGCUCGGAGUACGCUUUUGGCGCUCAUGACUUCCCCACAAGUGGUGUAUUUGAGGUUGAACCUCGGCAAUGCCCUGGUUUCAAGUUUAGAAAAGCGAUAUUCAUGGGAACAACAUCUCUAGAGCCUAGUGAAGUCAGGGAUUUCAUGGAGCAACAAUCACGAAAUUAUCAUGGUGAUACCUAUCACUUGAUCGUCAAGAAUUGCAACCAUUUCUGCGACGAUAUCUGUCACAAGUUAACAGGAAAGAAGAUCCCUAAAUGGGUUAAUCGACUUGCUAGAAUAGGUUCAGUCUGCAACUGCAUACUACCAGAAAGUCUCAAGGCAUCUACUAUUCCGGAACCCCAUCUCGAAGUAUAUGAAAACGAAAAGAAGCACCUACGACCCUUUAGCUGCUUUUCAUCCUUCUCAACGUCUCAGAAGGAGGAAUCAAUUUCUUCCUUAUUUUUACAUUCACACUACUUGGGAUGUCUACCAUCUUGGGAGUCAAGAAGGACAAAACGUGGGAUUUUUGAAGAGGAAGACUGACACGAACUUUUUUUGUACGACUACUUCGAGAAUUUAGAGGCAAUAGUGAAUAGUAUCAUUUACGUUGAUUGUGCAUAGAUCUUAGGGGGUGAGUGUACAUGUGCUUUCUCGCCAUUUUGAUUUCAUUACAGUAGCUGUUCUAGAGGGCGUAAUUGUUGUCCCUGCAAAUGUGUGUUUCAGUGUUGGUGCUUUUUGAUGCAAUCAAGCUUUUAUUCUUGCAUCUCAGUUCAAUUAUCUUAAGCUCGAACAUCAAUCUUAUUCGUGUUGGACUGUUCUGAAUUGCUUGGAUCCUGUACUUGAGAAUUUGAUCAGCUGCUGUUUAUAAUUUUCCAAAGCUUA